AUGGGGUCCUCGCUGCCGCCCAUCUUCGAAUCUCCCACCUCCUCGGCGCCCUUCCUUCAGAAGACGGGGCGAUUCAGCCGAUGCUGGAGCAGGUGGUCCGGCAGGAGGAGCGGAUGGACGCCCUUGCACGACUCCACCCAGUGCCGCCUCAUCACUCGAGAGAACCCCUACAAAUUUAAUCUCCAACGGCGAGGUGCACCCAUCGCGCCCCUCUUCGCCGAUCUUUACCACGCGCUGCUGGACACGAAGUGGUGGAAGCUCCUGAUCGGCCUCUGUCUGUUCUUCUUCGUUGAGCACCUCUUCUUCGCUUUCCUCUACUACCAGGACAGGGGUGGCUUGGGUGGGCUGAAGCCUUCGGCGGAAAACACACUGAUCGACUUCUGGACCUGCUUCUUCUUUUCCGUCCAGACCAUGCAGACCAUCGGCUACGGAGGAUUGAGCCCCGAGUCCGUCUACUGCAAUGUGCUGGUGUGCAUACAGGCAUUCUGGGGCAUGCUCUCCACCGCCAUUAUCACGGGGUUCGUGUUCGCCAAGAUCGGCCGACCCUCUCGCCAGAAGCGCAACAUCAUGUUCUCGGAGCUCGCCGUCGUCAACAACCAGGAGCGGUAUUGGUACGGCAAUCCGGAUCGGCUGUCCGAGGGCUACUACGUGCAGGGCGGCGCGCCUUGCUUCGUUCUUCGCUUCUCCAACACUAGGCACGGCCUCCCUCCUGACUUGCUUGGCCUGGCCUGGCCUGGCCUGGCGCGGAGCCAGGUGUGCGAGCCACGCUUUCGGCUGUUGAUGCUGCGACGCGAGCCGGUGCGCGGCGAUGAGGAGAGCGAACGGUGGGACACGGGCGAAGAAGAGGGAUGCAUCCGCGUUCACGAACUGAACUAUGAAAUCCACUCCAUGGAGAAUAGAGCACGCGGUGUGGAUUUCUCCUCGGCCCUUCUCCCCCUCCCGUGGACGGUGGUCCACGCCAUGGACGAACGGAGCCCUUUGCACGGUGCCACCCCGGCCUCCCUCGCCGCCUCCGAUACCGAGAUCAUCGCCAUACUCGACGGCACCGACGAGGGUUGUUCGGAGCAGUUGCAAGCGAGAUGGUCCUACACAUACAGAGAGAUCAUAUGGGACGCGCGGUUGGUGCCGGUGGUGAGCCAGGACAAGCGAUCGGGCAAGUACGUGGUCGACCUCUCGCGCUUCCACGACAUCACGCCCAUCGUCGCCCAGCCGCCUUCGCGAUCCACCACCAAGGGCAAGCACACGCGCAGCAGACCCGCUUCUGCAUCUGGCAACAUCCAAGAAGACGACGAUCGCCUGAUCUGA